UACCAUCAACUCAUGCGCAUAUUAUGCUGGCGUGUUAUCAAAGGCUAGCGUGCAUGCGUCUGCGUCCCAUCUAUUCUUCAGCGGUCGAGCUCGGAUAACUCUCAAAAUCACGUGUGAACUGGGGUCUGCGGAAUUUUUGCACAAACGAUUCCUAUAAGUAUUUUUUAUAAAGUAGUCAUAGUUAUUUGCUUAUUUAAAAAAAAACUUUUCUACGAUGGAGAAAAAAACAGAAAAGUUUUAAUAUACAAACAAAACAGAGGAAGAAAAAGUUGAAGCAUUCACUAGUUUUGACACGUGUUUUAUACUGUCUAGCUGGACAAAAAGUCCGGCUUAGAAUUGUGCAUUUUAGACACGCAUACCAUAGCGACGGUCCAGAAAAAAAGAGAGAGCUGAACCUUUCUCAGAAAGUACACAACAAAACAAGAAAACUAGAAAUAUCCCACGAAUCUUCUCUUUUCCUUUGCAGCCACGCUGCCACACCAAGGCAUCGUUUUACACUUCAUUACACAAAAAUGUGUCGGUGUAUAUAUAUGUGGUAUAGACCUACGAAAGCUCCGAAAAAUAAAGCAAAUAUAGAGCAAUGACCACCACUAGAUUACUCUUGCGUCGUAAUUCAAAACCGUCGGAUCUCUUUCGUCCAUCAUCAUCAUCUUCUUCGUCGCCGUCGUGUACCCUGUCACGCACAAGAAUCCUGAAAUGCUCGCUGGGGGGUCAGAAUCAGAAACCGCCCAUUAAAGAUAAAGAUAGAAAAUCUUCGGUGGAGGUGAAAGCUUAUGUGCCUACUUCAGAGAUCGUGAUCAAAAGUAAGACUGAAGUAAGACGAGGAUUGAUGGAUUCUGUGUUUCUUGUAUCACAAGUAACUGAUAUUUUUAUCACGGAGUUAAGGCAAGCCAUCAAAAGACGGGCAUGGAAACUGCAGUUGCAGAGGAAUAUAGAAAGGGUGAUACUUGACUGCAGAUUCUACACCUUAUUUGCCGUUGUUGGAACUUUAUUAGGUUCUGUACUCUGCUUCUUUGAGGGCUGCUCUCGUGUUCUAGAAUGUUAUUCACAUUAUCUUAAGGGAUUGUCCCAUGGAGUAAAGAGUAACACAGUUCAUAUUUUAAUCGAAGCCAUUGAUAUGUUCUUGUUCGGCACAUCCAUGCUAGUUCUAGGAAACGCUUUUUAUAACAUGUUUGUGAGUUGCAAAACAAACCAAAGCAAUCAAUCGAUUGGUGAAGUAAAGGCGAGAAUAGGGUAUGCAGUGGUAAUGAUACUUCACGUUGGGAUGAUGGAGAAGUUCAAGACCACGCCAUUGGUGACAUGUAUGGACCUCGCUUGUUUUGCUGCAUCACUCUUCAUUUUAUCGGCUUCUAUGUUCCUUUUGUCUAGAUUGUCUUCAUCGCUACGAACUCGUAAAACCGGCGAAAGAGUUUAAUUGAUAGAUCAAAAGAGGAUUGUCGUCAGUUUGAAAAAAAAAAACAGGCUUAUCGUAUAGAACUAUUUUUUUAGUAUCACAAAUAUUUGUUAUAGACUUAUAAUUUAUACUGAUACUUCUAUUUCAUUAAUUUUAUUUUCGUAUGUAUAAAACUUUCAGAUGGUUCAGAAAAAAAAGUAUUCUUCUAAA